AUGAUACUAUCAAUUGGUGGAACAACCUCUACUACACUACAACAACCUUUUCCAGAACUAUCUCAAAGAAAUAAAAGAAGAAUAUUAUCUAGUGGUUCCAAAUUCAGAAAUAGCCAGAGACCAAUCUCUAUGGAUCCACAAUCUUCUUUAUCAUCAUCAGACAAAAGUAAUGAUAAGCAUGCCAAUCCAAUUUUAUCAUCUUUAUCUAUUAUUAAUCAUUCAUCAUCACAUAACAGUCGGCACAAUAACAAUCAAGAAAAUAAAAAACAACCAAAGAAAAGUAUGAGUGCAACAAAUUUGAUGAAACAUGCUAAAACAAUAAGGAGAUGA